AUGCAUGCGGAGAAGUUGGCCGACCCGGAGGGCCGGUCCACCGCCGGCGAGGGCGGGUCCCCUGCGCCUGUCAGCGACGGGGAGGGGGAUGCCCGCUCGACCGCCAGCAAGACGGCCUUCUCCCUGGACCGUGGGGCCGGCGCCAUGGAUGCCCCCGGGUCGCCGGGCAUGGCGGCCCCCUGGCCGGAGUUCCUGGCCGGCCACGGCGCGACCCAGUUGGCGGCCAGGCAGCCCGCCUGCGCCCGCUCCUCCGGCCAGGGGGAUUCGCUGGAGCUCGGGCCUCUGCCAGCGCAUGCUGGGGCCCGGGAUGCCGGGCCAAGCGCCCCCCCGGAGGACCCCUUCCCCCAGCCCAUCCUCGGGCAAGAGAGCGUGCCCCCGCUGCCGGACGCCAGGCCCCACUUGGCCGGCAAGCCGGCCGGCCGAUCCGGACGCAGCCGCAGUGCCUCCCUCGGCCAUGUGGAGGCGGGGGCCAGCGCCGGCGGGGACGUCGACCGGCCGGCUGGCAGCGGGCCGCUGGCGCGGCCGGCUCACCUGCAGGUGGACACCGCGGCGGCCAUCGCCACCGGGAUUUCCACCUGCGCGGCGGCCCACACCCCGGAUGGGUCUUCCAUCACCUGCAUCACCCCCAGCGACCCGACCCCCCUGGAGUCCUCGGUGGCGGCCAUCCACCGGCGUGAGGUGGCCGAGCGCCGGCAGCAGCGCAUGUCGGCCCAGCAGCGCGUGGCCGGGCUCCGGCAUCCCCUGCUCACGGGCGGCGGGCCCGGGGCCCUGGCUGGCGUCACGGCCGGCACGCCGGCCGACACCGGCGCCCCGGCGGCAGGCCCAUCCGGCGGGCCAUUCGGCCCGCGCCCGGAUGCCAUCGGCGUCGACGCGGCAAGCAGCACCCCCAGGCCAUCGAUGCAUGGCGGGGGCGCCGGGGGCGGCCACGACCCGCUCAGCUCCGGGGACUUGGCCGGGGUCGACCGGCGCCGGCGGGCCUUGGGCUGGCAGGCGGCUGGCAUGCCGGCCCCGAUGUCGCGCUCCGCGUCGACGGCCCUCUCCACCAUCAGCAGCAGCACUGCCGGGGCGUCGGAGCUGGCCCUCCGCGGUGCGGCUGCCGCCGACUUGGAAGCCGGCCUGGCCUGCCGCUUUGGCAAUUACCUGCGCCUGGAGUGCUUCUACUCGCAGACGCGGCUGGAGCGGGCUCGCGAGGCCGCCGCCGCCGCCGCCGCCGCGCCAUCGUCGGCCGGCCUGUCUCGGGCGGGAUCCGCCGCCGGGUCCGGCUCGCCGCCGCCGCCGCCGCCGCCGCCGGGGCGGGGGCCCGGCCGCAGGGGGGCCGGCGCUGCCGGGGGGCUCUUUUCGUGGAUCUUCCGCGAUCGGGCCACCAGCCGCGAGGGGCAAAAUAUCUCGGCCGAUGGGAUCAUCGCCAUGCGGCGCUUCGAGCAGUUCUGCUCCGAGUCCUGGUGCCUGGAGAUUCUGCUUUUUGUGCGCCAAUGUGCGCGCUUCGAAAAUUCCUACAACUCCUGGAGCAAGAAAACACGCCUGGUUGAGGCGGCCCAGAUCAUGUCCAAGUUCAUCCGCGUCGGGGCCACGCUCGAGAUCAACCUCGAGCACCGGGUUCGCCGGUCGUUGUUGGAUUUCUUCGCGGUGCUGUGCUCGCGAGCGGCGGUGUACAGCCCAAGCCCGGGGGGUGCCACCGGGCCCGGGCCGACGGCCGUGGCGCCCGGCCCCGGGUCUCGGGUGUCCUGCUCGGCCCUGCUCACCGGGCCCGGCGCCAGCGCCAGCAACACCCUGUCGGAGCUGCCGCCGCCGCCGCCAGCGGGGCCCGGCGGGGGCGAUCUGGACGCCGGCGGGGGCUCCGGCCUGGAGCACACUUGUGUCACGGAGCUCUCGUCCAUCAGCGGCGGCGGCGGCGGCGGCGGCGGCGGCGGCGGCCUCGGGGGGGGCACGCCUGCGCAAGCCGCCACGGUGGAGACCAUUUCCCUGGGCGAGAUGUCGCGCCUGUUCGACCUGAAGUUCGUGCCUUCCAGCGGCCCGGGCAGCGCGGCCGGGCCGGCUCUCCGCGAGGACACGCUCCUGGUGGUGCCCUGCGUGCCGCGUUUUGUCUUCCACUUUGUCCACUUGGAGGCCAUCAGCCAGCUGGACUUCAAGAUGUGGCCCUGGCUCGAGAGCGAGUCCGGCCGGCCCUUCCAGCACCUGAGCGAGCACCAUGCGGCCGGCGUGGCCAUGGCUUCGUCAUCGUCGUCGACCCGGGCCCCGGAGCACCCUUGA